ACUACACACACACAUUCAGCUUAGCUAUUUUGUACACUCAACUCUGACGUUUUAUCCGAGAAUUGGUUCUCUCCGACUCCCACCAGACCAACCACCGCCGCCUUCUCUUGUGCAUUGUUCGUGCGUUGACGACUCGACAUUUUUUUUUUCGUGAAUUGUUCGUAAACUUCAUUAAUUUCUUGCCGUCCAGACACUUUGGCACGUAACGUAAACUCGUCUUGGCCGCCGUGUGCACAACGCAACAACUACGGUACAGCCACCGAUUGACUGACGCCGCCGAUUCUGCUGCUGUUCCUGCUGCUGCUGUUGCUGCUGCAUUCCGUCGUGUAUCGUCCGUGUGUGGUGAGUGUAUGACGUGGUGGCCCUUGUUGUCUUGAACGCACACGACAAUACUGUAAAUAACGAAAACGACAACACUCGAUCCACAUCACAGUGUAGACGAGAAAUGCGAGAUUUUGACCACAAACGGGGCAGACAAUUGGUUGACUGUACCACUGAAGAGGACACCGUUGCCGAGGAGACAGCCGUAAAAGAAAAAAUGCCGUCCGAUACUGAAAGUAACACAAGUUUUAACAACAGCAGUGUACGGACUUUUAAGAUUUUCAUUGGAAAUCUUUCUGAAAAGACCACAUCUAGUGAUAUUAGACCACUGUUUGAGAAGUAUGGCAAAGUUGUUGAAUGUGAUGUAAUGAAAAAUUUUGGCUUUGUUCAUAUGGACGAUGAUACCACUGGCCGUGCAGCUAUCAAAGCUUUGAAUGGUUCAAUGGUAAAUGAUUUAGCCAUGAAAGUAGAAGCUGCCACUAGUCGCCGCGGUCCCAAUACCCCAACUACAAAAAUUUUUGUAGGAAAUCUUUCUGAAACAACAAAGGCCAAUGAAGUACGAGAAUUAUUUGGAAGAUACGGCACUGUUGUUGAAUGUGACAUUGUUAGAACUUAUGGUUUUGUGCAUAUUGAUUCAACUGAUGUAAGCAGACUCAUAAAAGAUUUAAACGGACAUAUGUUGGAUGGUCAACCAAUCAAGGUACAAAUUUCAAAUAGCCGUGUUCGUCAGAGACCUGGAAUGGGCAUGCCAGAGCAGUGUUAUAGGUGCGGCAAGGGUGGCCAUUGGUCUCGGGAGUGCAGUCGUGAAGGGUAUGGAUAUGGAAGAGAUGCCUUACCACCGCUUCCACCACCACGUGCCUUGCUUUAUCCACCACCGCCUCCACCUUCAUUUGUUCGUGAUCGCAUUCUUGGUUCUUAUGGUACUGGCUUAAAAACUGAUAUGACAAGAAUGGACGAUUAUUCAAUGUUAUCGCACUCUGAACUAGGUGGUCAUAUGUAUGAAACUGAAGGCUUGUAUGACCGUUACUAUGAUCGUAGUCUUAUGCGAACAGCUGCUGAUGGUUAUGGCAUGGAUAGAAGAAUGCCAAGAAUGCCAUCUAGUCGCGAUUACUUAUCGUCAUCCACACGUAUUGGAACAACCAUGCGUGACCAAGAUUAUGUAUUCACACGCCGAUCACCAUUGUCAAGCAGUCGUACAUCUUCAUCUCAUGCAUAUGAUGAUUUCUCUAGGGAUUCGUAUGAUGAUCGUCGAGUUUCGGGAUCUCGUGGUUCGUCGCGUUACACGCCGUAUUAAAAAAAACCGUGUAUAUAUUAUCGUGCCGCCGCCGUAUAUUCGCGCCGCCGGAUCGGAUAACCGUACACUCACACAUCGCCGACCGUCAACAAUUUUUUAUUUAAAUCGGCUCAAGUUUUUAAAGAGCCAAAAUUAUAUUUACGAAAUCUUAAUAAGAUUAUUUGUCUACAUAGGUUUUUUUUUUUUUAGGUUUAAUUAAAAAGUAUAAUUUCUUAGUGUCACAAAUUACAAUUUUAUUUUAUUUAUAGGCAUUAGACAUAAAAGGUUAAAUUAUCUGGGCUCUUAGAUUAUUUAUAUUGAUUCAUAUUUUCUACCUUGGAUGUAAACAAAAUAAUUUUCUAGAGUUAUUUUAAGAUUCAUUGACUAUGUUUUUUUUCAAUAUCACUAUAAUCACAUCAAUCAUAUUAACAAUUAUUUCCGGAAUUUCUGUUUGUCGAGUUAUUUAACAAAUUUUUUUUAGAAAAUUAGAAUGUAAGCCUUUAUAGUCAAAGGUUUUUACAGUUAGGUUAAUAUAUUAAUUAAAUUACUAAAAUAUAUUAAUAUUGUAAGCCCAAAUAAUUUUAUGACAACAUACAUUGUAAUUCUCAUUGUAAAAAAUUAUAAUAAAAUAAAAUAAAAAUAAGUAUAAUAAAUACCAU